AUGUGUCGCUUUUAUCCGUUUCUAUUGAUGAUAUUUUUUCCAUUAGAUUGGCUGGGUGCUGCUAGUUGGGCCGUUUCAUGUUUUAGCACACCGAUUAUAAUUGCAUUUUGCCGACGAAAAUCGACCAGACUAACGGCAGUUAUUGGCGGUCUGGUAUUGGCACUCGGUAUAUUGUUUACGUCGUUUGCAACUCUCUUUCACCAAGUGGCUUUUAGUUACGGAAUUAUUGUUGGUGUUGGUGCGACAAUGGUGCGUGAAUCGGCGGCUUUGAUGUUGGGCCACUAUUUCAAACGACGCAGACAAUUUGUCGAAAUGAUCACGAUGUCUGGUGAAGGUGUUGGCAUUGCAUUAUUUUCAGUCAUUUUAAAAGAAGGCGUUGGCAAAAUGGGAUGGAGACUUGGGCUUCAAGCUGUUGCGGGUUUAAUGUCUUUUUGCUUUUUCAUGGGAUUACUUUAUCGACCUGCGUCACUUUACCAUCCACAACGAAGGGCGAUUCUCUUUAUGAAAAACCAACGCAAAAAGGUGAAAGAAAAGAAGACACAUAUACGAACGCCAAAGCCACCGUUUUUGGACUUUUCACCAUUUAAAUCGUCGACGGUGCGAAUGUUAAUCAUAUGCUCAUCGAUUGCAUCAUUCGGUUCUUAUGCUCCGUUAUUUUUUAUGUCCCAGCAUGGUCGAAUCGAAGGAUUCGAUGUUCAGGAUUUAGUUUUAUUGCAAACAUUUCUAGGGCUUUCGAUUGCAUUUGGCAUUGUGGCAAGUGGUUCAACGAUAAAUAAAAAUUUUACGAUUUCUUACCGGAAAAUUAAUAUAUCAAGGCAGUAUGUAUGUCAGAUGGGUUUGGCAUUGGUAGCUAUUUCGACAUUGGUGAUUUCCGGAAUUGCUGGCUACACUAGUUUGUGUGUUGCGUCUUGGGGUUAUGGAGUUGCGUUGGGUUGUUAUCGGUACACAUUGAAAAUGCUGGCACUAGAACGAGUUCGAGCAAAACAUUUCACGAAAGCAUGGGGCUUUAUUCGUUGUGCUGAAUCAAUACCGGUGUUGGUUGGCGUUCCACUGACUGCAUAUCUUAAUGAUGAAUCUCAUCGGUAUGGGCGAGCCGGUUAUUUUGUUUGUUCAGCAUCUACAGCAAUUUCGGCUAUUCUAAUGUUUUUCAUCGGUUAUCCGAUGGGUGGUCGACAGAAUUUAUCAAAAUAUUCGGCAAACGGAUCGAUUACAUCGCAUUACACAGUACCAACAACUGAUUGCCCUGAUUUGCUAAAUCGAAGUUUUUCAUCGCGUUAUAACAACUGGUAUUCGAGCGGCACACAAUGCACCUCAUGUGUUUCUAAUGGUUGCUCAUCGUUUCGGCAUCGUGUGAGUUUUACACCAACCCAUCAACAAUACGGAAUGAAUCGAUGCUGUCAUUCAAAUCAUUGUGUUAACCGCAUUCCAGCUGAAAAUGGACACGGUCGCUUGCACAAAAGCCUUUCAUUCGCAUUCCAAACGCCAAUGAUGUGGAACGAUGGCUAUCGUUACCAUGGUGCACCGAGCUAUGCAACCACCGGUAGAUCACAUUCAAGGUGUGAUUUGCAUCGUCAAUACAAUAAUCAAGUGGUUGCAAAUGGAUUGCAACAUCAUCCGUCUCGCAGUAGGAGCGUUCCCGAGGGUUUGGCGCAUGUAUCAAAUCAAGGUAUUGAAUGUCAUUGCAGUCGAAAUCGCUGGAGAUCGCAAAGUUUUCGACAUCCGAAUCGUUCGGUGCAAGUCGUCGAACAAAUUACAACAUCUGUCUAA